UGCAAGGAUGCCUGUCCUAGAAAAACACACCCAGAAGAUAGAGAAAAAUGCAUGCAGCAAAGAUGAGACUACAUUGCCCAAGCUUCCUGUCCCUCCACUGCAUCAGACCCUACACAUGUACCUACAGUGCAAUAAACACUUGAUGCCAGAGGGGCAAUUUAGGAAGACUGAGGCCAUAGUGGAACAAUUUGGAGGUGCAGAAGGCUUAGGAGAAUUGUUACAGCAAAAACUUCUAGAAAGAAGAGAGAAGUCUGGAAACUGGGUGUUGGACUACUGGUUGGAUGACAUGUAUCUUAACAAUCGGUUGGCUCUCCCAGUAAAUUCCAGUCCAGUGGUUAUCUUUUCUCAUCAGUAUUUCAAGGAUGUAAAUGACCAACUAAGGUUUGCAGCCAAUCUCAUUUCAGGAGUGCUUGAUUAUAAAGCUUUAUUGGAUUCCCAUGCUUUACCUGUUGAUUUUGCUCGUGGACAACUCUCUGGUCAGCCUCUCUGUAUGAAGCAAUACUAUGGACUCUUUUCUUCCUAUCGUCUUCCAGGACAUACCAAAGACACUCUUGUGGCCCAGAAAAGUAGUGUAAUGCCAGAACCAGAGCACAUCAUUGUUGCUUGUAACAAUCAGUUCUUUGUUUUGGAUGUUGUCAUUAAUUUCCGCCGUCUUAGUGAGGGAGAUCUGUUCACUCAGUUACGAAAGAUAGUAAAAAUGGCAGAGAAUGAAGAAGAGAGGCUGCCUCCUAUUGGUCUACUGACAACAGAUGGAAGAACAGAAUGGGCAGAAGCCAGGACAAUCCUAAUGAAAGACUCUACCAAUCGAGAUUCUCUUGACAUGAUUGAACGCUGUAUGUGCCUGGUAUGCCUGGACAGCCCAAGUGGGAUGGAAAUCAAUGACACAAACAUGGCUUUGCAACUCCUACAUGGGGGAGGCGAUGAUAAAAAUGGUGCCAAUCGCUGGUAUGACAAACCCAUGCAGUUUGUAGUGGGAAGAGAUGGAGUGUGUGGUACAGUGUGUGAACACUCUCCUUUUGAUGGGAUCGUCCUGGUACAAUGCACCGAACAUUUGCUCAAGCACAUGAAGGAAAGCUGUAAGAAGUUAGUCAGAGCUGAUUCUGUAAGUGAGCUUCCUGCUCCAAGGCGAUUAAGAUGGAAGUGUUCUCCAGAAGUUCAGGGACACCUAUCUUCAGCAGCAGAAAAACUUCAAAGGAUAGUAAAGAAUCUCGAUUUUAUUGCUUAUAACUUUGAAUACUAUGGAAAAGAGUUUAUCAAGAAACAAAAGAUUAGCCCAGAUGCCUACAUUCAAGUAGCACUUCAACUAGCCUUUUACAGAUGCCACGGGAGACUUGUUCCCACCUAUGAAAGUGCUUCUAUAAGGCGAUUUGAAGAGGGGAGAGUUGACAAUAUUAGGUCUGCUACUUCAGAAGCUUUAGCUUUUGUAAAAGCAAUGAUUGAAGAAAAGUCUUCUCUAUUGGAUUCUGAGAAGAUGCAGCGAUUUAAAGAUGCAAUCACAGCUCAAACUAAUUACACUAUUUUGGCUAUUACUGGAAUGGCAAUAGACAAUCACUUGUUAGGGCUAAGAGAGAUGGCACGGGAACACUUCAAGGAACUGCCAGAGAUAUUUAUAGAUGAGACAUAUUUGACAAGCAAUCGAUUUAUCCUUUCAACCAGCCAGGUUCCAACUACAAUGGAAAUGUUCUGCUGUUAUGGGCCCGUAGUUCCCAAUGGUUAUGGUGCAUGUUAUAACCCACAGCCAGAGCAUAUAUUAUUCUGCAUCUCAAGUUUUAAAGGCUGUAAAGAGACCUCCUCAGUCAUAUUUGCUAAAGCUGUGGAAGAAAGUCUCAUUGAAAUAAGAGAUCUGUGCAACAAGUGCAACUCUGCUGUAGCAAAACCACUGGCUAAACAAGAAACUGCUGCAAAAUGUCAUAAUGACCAUAAGCACUAA